CUCGGAGACUCGGAGCAGUCGCGAACGCGAGUUCAGACCGGUCGGACGCGUUCGCUGUCGUCGUCGUUGUCGUCGUCGUCUCGUGUUCGUGGAUACGCGUGAAACGCGCGGCGAGGCGCGAAAAACGAGGGUGUUCGUCGUCGUGCUAAAAAAGUGUUUGUACGGAAGUGUAAGUGUGACCGUGUUCAUUGGACGAGUACAGUGCUAUCGGAACUCGUCUCGAUCGCGAGGAGAACUGGAAACGACAGGGAAGCUGUGCAGAGUGCUCUCGUGUCUCGGCCCCUAGGACGAAUUUUACUGCGAACGUCACCUUCCUCGCCGGUGAUGCUGCGUUCGCAACAACGUUUUCCAUCCUAUCUGACCGGCGAGAUCGUUCUCCGAUUAUGAUGUGAACCUGUGAAGGUGGAAUCCUCGAGAAGCGCGAGGUCCUCGCAAUGGAGGCGGGACCGAAGCAACAGCAACAGCAACAACAGCAGCCGCAGUCGCAGCAGCAGCAACAACAACCGCAGCAGCAGCAGCAGCAGCAGCAACAGCAGCAGCAGCAACAGCAACAACAGCAGCAAUCGCAAAAUUCGUCGCCUGCUGGAACGGGACAGACUCCUACACAGGCUACGAGUCCGCAAGGCGGGCAGACUCAAGGCCAAGCUCAAGGACAACAGAAUCAAGAUGCAGUUGCAGUCGCAGCUGCAACUGCGGAGGCAGGACCGGUCGAGGAAGGAGUCCUUCUCGCCAGGGUGCACGUCCCGGAGCUUUACGUCAGCAAGUGUCUUCAGUUCCCGAAGGAUCAGCUGGUCUGGGACGUAAAGCAGCAAUGCCUGGCAUCCUUGCCCAAGGAGCUGAAGGAAAGCUUCAAUUACGGCUUGUUCUGUCCGCCCGUGAAUGGAAAAGCCGGAAAAUUCUUGGACGAGGAACGUCGCCUGGGCGAUUAUCCCUUCAAUGGACCCGUCGGCUAUUUGGAGCUCAAGUACAAAAGGCGGGUCUACAAGAUGCUGCAUCUGGACGAGAAACAGCUGAAAGCGAUGCAUACGCGAACGAACCUGCGAAGGUUACUGGAAUACGUGGCGAACAGCCAGGUGGAGAAGAUCGCCAAGAUGUGCAGCAAGGGUCUAGAUCCUAAUUUCCAUUGCCAGGAAACCGGGGAGACUCCGUUGACCUUGGCCACCACUUUGAAGAAACCGUCGAAGGUGAUAAUAGCACUGGUGAACGGUGGCGCCCUGUUGGAUUAUAGAACGAAGGAGGGAUUGACAGCGAUGCAUCGAGCCGUCGAGAGGAACAGUUUAGAGGCGGUGAAAACCUUACUGGAACUUGGCGCCAGUCCAAAUUACAAAGACACGAAGGGUCUGACGCCACUUUAUUACAGCGUUAUUUACAAAACGGAUCCGAUGCUCUGCGAGACGCUGCUUCAUGAUCACGCGACCAUCGGCGCCCAAGAUUUGCAGGGUUGGCAGGAAGUGCAUCAGGCCUGCCGCAACAACCUGGUCCAGCAUCUGGAUCACUUGCUUUUUUACGGCGCCGACAUGAACGCGCGUAAUGCAUCCGGUAAUACACCGUUGCACGUUUGCGCAGUGAACAACACGGACUCUUCUUGCAUACGCCAGUUACUGUUCAGAGGUGCCCAGAAAGAUAGUCUGAAUUACGCGAACCAAACACCGUACCAGGUAGCGGUGAUCGCCGGGAACAUGGAAUUAGCCGAGGUGAUCAAGAACUAUCAGCCUGAAGAAGUUGUACCGUUUAAAGGGCCGCCACGCUACAACCCGAAGCGACGCUCGGUGGCUUUUGGCGGCGCGUCCACGAUGACCACGAGCUGCUCGGCCAGUAACUUGGGCACCCUGACCAGGAUACCGUCCGCGGAACAGCAGCAUCACGUCGCUAACGAUCUCGGUGGAGCAGUACGCGUCGAGUAUCAACGCGAUCACGAGAGUACCGUCCGCCGAGCAAUACGCGACCGGCAACCUGACCAGAGUACCGUCCACGGAACAACAACAGUACCUAUCCACGGGGACGCUGAACAGAGUACCGUCCGGAGAGCAAUACGCCAGCCCGAUCGCUACGACGACCGGUGCCACCACGAUUCCGAGCAAUACUCCGCGGCUACCACCGGUACGCUCACCAGAGUACCGUCCACCGAACAGUACCCGAUCGGUACGCUCACCAGAGUACCGUCCACCGAACAGUACCCGAUCGGUACGCUCACCAGAGUACCGUCCACCGAACAGUACCCGAUCGGUACGCUCACCAGAGUACCGUCCACCGAACAGUACCCGAUCGGUACGCUCACCAGAGUACCGUCCACCGAACAGUACCCGAUCGGUACGCUCACCAGAGUACCGUCCACCGAACAGUACCCGAUCGGUACGCUCACCAGAGUACCGUCCACCGAACAGUACCCGAUCGGUACGCUCACCAGAGUACCGUCCACCGAACAGUACCCGAUCGGUACGCUCACCAGAGUACCGUCCACCGAACAGUACCCGAUCGGUACGCUCACCAGAGUACCGUCCACCGAGCAAUAUCCGAGCAGGACUUUGUCCGGUGAGCAGUACGCCGGUACGACCGGGGGUAUCGCGAGGACCGAUUCGCAUCACGGCAACCUCGCCAGAGUACCGUCCAUCGACGCGACCAGAAACGACCUACAAAGAAUACCGUCCGAGCAACACGCGGCGACCACCAGGUCCCUAGAGCAGAACAGCCAUCGGAUCGCGUCGGAGUACCAGAGCCCCAAUUCGCUGAGGGACCCUAACGCGAGAUUACCAGCCACCACGGAGAACUAUCAGAACGUUAGAUUGGAGGGACUGACAAGGCUACAAGAACACCGGCUCGAGCUUCAGCACCGUCUCGACAUGCAUAGAACGAUGGAGAUGCCGCCGUCGCCGUCACCGAGCAGCAGGAGUCUAGCUCCUUUCAGCUCGGCUAGCUCGAGCCUAUCCGAAGGCAGCAAUCAACCGUCAGGCGAAGAUUCCGCCAGCAUCGUCACAGACAAGAGCCUGGGUGACACCGCGUCCGAUGUGAUCAGCGACAGUUCCGGAGUCGGGACCUCCCAGUCGGACACCACGAAUUCUCUGUCCAUUCCUGGAACCACCGUUGUGUGCGUCGAAAGCUACAACAGCGGAAUCCUGGGACACCUGAACAUCAAUCAAGGGGACAUCCUCGAAGUCACGGGAGCUACCGACUGUGGUCUUCUCGAAGGAGUCCUCCGUGGUCAAGGCACGGGUCUGUUUCCUGCGCACUGCGUGCAGGAAGUUAGACUUCGCCAUACAAAUAUCCCUUUGGGUCCUCAACCUGCCAGGGAUGGCCGUAACAGAGUACUGGGCCGCAGAGAAUCGCAGCAUAAGUAUUUCGCUACUGCGCCCAGGUUGAAGAAACCAGUUACGUCCGAACCUCGUACCGUGGUGCUGCAUCGUUCUAGAAAAGGUUUUGGCUUCGUGCUGCGAGGUGCCAAGGCAACUUCGCCUUUGAUGGAACUGACGCCAUCUGCCAGGUACCCCGCCUUGCAAUACCUGGACGACGUUGAUCAAGGAGGCGUGGCCGAUCUGGCUGGUCUCCGAAAAGGGGACUUCCUUAUUCAAAUCAAUGGCGAGGACGUGACAACGGCAUCGCACGAACACGUGGUAGACUUGAUCAGAAAGUCCGGGGAACUGGUCAGGAUGACGGUGGUGUCCCCGGUGAUCAGCCUCCCGAAUUCGCAAUCGGCAGCCCUGCUGCCAACUAGUCAACCCAUUCAGAGACAGUACGCGACCCUUCCGCGUAAAGGUAACAAUAACGUGGUGAUCGGUGGUACGCUCGGUAGAUCGCCGGCUCCUAUGCCACCUCGAAGGGAUCCGAAGACCACUCUGAGCGUCGGUCGAGCGCGAGCAAGAUCGAUGGUCGCUGGAUUAGAAGGUGGCGGCGAGAGAGACGACCACGACGAAAUAACAUCGACCGGGGCCAAAUCGAGCAGCGCGGAAUCGAUUCAUCUUCCGCAGCAACCAUCCACAGGACCCAACACCGGACAGAACACGCCCGUACAACCGAGAACGGCCAGUAUUCGAUCGAGACCAACUUCCAGCAGGAUCACUGCCGCGGAACUGGAGGAACUGUUUCAGCGGCAGCAAGGUAGUACCAGUGGUCAGUACAGCUCGUCCAUGAUGAGCUCUCACUUUCAAACUGGUCAAGCUACCAAGUCGCAUCCUUCCUCGCCUGCAAAGACCGGAAGGGUAUACGCGAGCGUAGCAGAAAUGAAACGCAAAGGCAAAUCGAAUUCGAGGGUACGGUUCUUCGGCGGAUUAGGCGGUGGUUCCGACCUUCAUCGAGAUUUCCACAGUACCCCGGAUUUAAACGUCCAGGCGCAGUCGUCUAUUUUAGCCCCGAAAGGGCACAGGAGCCAAGAAGACGUGAACGCGUUGAACGGCAGAAACGGGCUUCCACCACCGAAUCAUCCACCACCUCCGCCACCGGUUGGUCAAGUCGUCAAAGUGAACGUGGGCGCAAACGUGCCGGACGUAGUUACGCCGGCCUCCGUGUACGAUAACAUGGCUCAUAUACAGCAAGUUAAAGAACUGGCAGCCGCAACCGCGGAUGGAAGUUACGGCGUGAUGUCGAGCUUCCGACCGUCGAACAGCGCGAAACUGUACGCCUCGCCGGAAGACAUGAAGACCGUCGGCUAUCGUUCCCGCAGUCUUCCGGCGCACACUACUCGCUGUCACGUAAGAAAAUCUCACAGCUUGCGUACACCGAACAACACGACCUUCAAGCCUCUGAACAACCAGCAGGCCGUGAACAACGCCGUCAGCAACAACAACCAGGUGAACAACAAUCAGUCGGCGAAUAAUCAAUACGCCCAACCGUUGAAGACCAAUCGAAGCCACAGCACGGCAGGCAUCAGGGAACGAAAGAAGAAGGUGAUUGGUACCAGCUCUUCGAUCACGAACCUAGCGUCCGUGGCGAACAACAACACCGGAAACGCGGUUUCGAACACCGCGCCACCUAUUCCGGAACCGGACUACAGUCUAUCCGAGUCCGAGAACGACGAAGGAGAAGAGGAAACCGACGACGACGCGGAAUCGGAGAUCGCGAAGGAACUAGAGAAAGCAGCUGCGAGGGAAAAACUCGAAUCCACCAGAGAAACGUCGGGCAAUUCGAACACCUCUGGCUCGAGUUCAUCCGGCAGCAGUUCCUUGCCGCAUUCGUUCAGCGUCGAAGAAAUUCAAAAAGUCAGGACGCAAUUGAAGUCCUCGAAGAGUCAUCCCAACGAUUUCCUCUUGCAACAAACGCAGCAGUCUCUGGUCGAGGACGGUGACAAUAGUUCGAGCGGUGUCAGCUCCGAUCAAGAUGUUCCGGUAGGCCCGCCUACCGGUUUCGACGACACCGCCGCGAGAAAUCUCGCGAACGAAGCGACGCAACAUUCGACCACGGUACUGUCGGUCACCGGCAGCGAGAAAGAAAUGAAUCCCAAGAGAACCAGCUAUGGAGGCAGUGGUUUGCUCACUAGACACGCGGUCAGUUUGGCACAACUACCGCCGCCGAUCGAAGCGGAUGCCGAGGAGCAGAGUAACGACCUGUUCGUACCUCCUCCGCCGGAAUUCAACGCUGGUCCCUCCGCCGGGAAUUCGGACGAGUUGGUCUUCGCUCCUCCUCCUCAGUUCUGCGAUAAUAAGCAGCAACAGCAAUCGCAACAACAACAGCAACAGAAUCGCGUGAAAAUUAUCGGCGCUAUACCGAAAGUUACCAACAGUCAAGUGAAGGCUUCCGGCGGACGGUUGCACAACCAGUGAAAAAACCGAUUUCAACAAAAUCGGACGUCGAUGAAGACAACAUAGGAUCGCCAGAGUCAAUUUAAUAUCUUUCCAUUUAACCUCUUUUCUUCGUGUAGAAAAUAAAGACAGAGUUCUUUCGAUCGUCGGUAAAUUUUUCGGUCAAAAACGCUUCCCGACGUCAACGAGAAUUUUGUAAAAGGAACAUAAUGGUCUCUGUGGCACGGUUGUAUCCUAUUCAUUCCAUCGAGUAGAAAAUAGGACAGAGACUGAAUCGUUAAAAAUGUCCACCGUUUUUGCAAUAAAUUUUUCAACCAGAAACGUUCUCGAAGUAAAAACAGUUUUGUAAGAAACCGAAAUCUCUGUAUCCGUACACUCUGGGACUCGAGCGUCGCGUUGCUCGAAUCCGUGGUAGAUGAAGAAGGUAUUCGAUGAAUUUGUAAAACUUACAAAAUAUAGUAGAUUUAAAAGUGCGAUACUUUCUACUCGCGUCGUUUCAACAACGUCCCGUAGCCGUCUCGUGGAAUGGCCUAAGGGGUGAACGAGAAAGAAGAUCCACAAACCGUAUUGUAGCUCGUAUUACUAGAAAACGGAAAAGAAGAAGAGGAGAGAAAGAGAGAAUGUGCGUGCGUGCGUGUGUGUGUUGUCUGCGAAAUACGCGCGAGAAUGUAUGCGCGUGAGAUAUCUCGAACGAACGAACAAACGCGUAGAGUAUAUCGGUUUGUUUUUCAUAUUUCUAUCAAAGUACGAAGCGUGUUUAAUACUUUUACAUGUAAUAACGACCUUUACCCCUAAACGCCAUCGACUUCUCUCAUUCCACCGAAUCAGACGCACGGAACAGGCAUUUUCGACGAACAGCGCGCAUUAAAACUGUUUACGAGGCGAUUCAACCGUUGUUCGAUACCUUUUACUUUCUUUUGUCGAGUACAAGCGAAUUCGUCGAAGUUGCCAGUAAUCGUCGAGUAGUUUAGCUAGCAAAGCGCGCGAUUCCGUUUCACUACGCGUCUAGACACUACCGCUCAAGAGCCUAAUUUACAUUGUUCUAUUCGCAAAGUCAUUAGAGAUUGUUUCUAGUUUGUAAUAACGAGUAAUAGAACUUCUUAACGAUGAGCUGUUCAAGUUUACUCCGUAAAGCUCGCGAUCGCGUUUGAUAGAAAGCGCACUUGUACUACGUUAACGCACCACCAUUAUUCAGCUUGUAAGAUAGAAAUCGUAUUCCUUCCAUUCGAAGUCAGAUUGCCGAGAGCCGCGAGACGCGUCGUUGAUUUAACGAGUAUUUUAAAAACUCGAGCGACGCGAACGUCGUCGUAUAUUCAAGACUCGUGUAGCGACCCUUUUACCUGAACGAAAAUCAAAAGAUAACUUGUACAGGAUGUUACGAAAGUAAUGAUUACGAUUUAGGCUAAAGAAUUUAUUCGUAGAGUUAAUUGAACGUUUGAAAUUUAAAGUGAACAUUUUAUUUCACCUCUGCGUAUUUCGUUGUUACAUUCUGAACGCCCUGUACACGCGCCGAUUCUUUUUUUCUAACAGAAUCGAAAUACUCGUUGAUUUAUCUUCUGUAUAUAGGAACAACGUCGAAUGGACAAUUAUUCGGUUGUUUAAACAAAAGAUAAAGCAAGAUCUCGCGACUCUCGGCCACUCUGCUACACACUGUAUAUAUAAUUGCUACGUAUUGAAUAUCUUAAUAACGAUGGGAACGAUUAUUAUCGAUCAAUCAGUUUCACGAUCAACGCGUGAAUUAGAUCUAUAAGUCCGCGGUAUCCAUUGAAAAUGCAACGUCCUUCCUAAUUAUUGUUUCUAUGCCUUUUCAAGUUCAAUCAUAUUCAUAGACAGAAAACGAAAUAUUAAUAAUUAAGUCAGCGCACAUGCUUGUGUUCGAAGCAUGAACGAAAGAAACAGUUUCUCGAGUCGAGGAUGAAUCGUUCUAAAGAUAAGUAUUAAAUGUUCCUUAGAUAUAUUUUAUCGUUUGUUUCCGGUCGGUAAAUACAAAAUGAAAAUGAUCGCCGAUAUUGUAUGUCGUCUGUAAAGCUCGAUCGACUGGUUGAUUCGGGUCAGUAAAGCAAUAUUGUACGCAUUACAACGGCUCGUGUAAACAAUAAACCGUUUCAGAAUGGA